AGUUCUGAGGCGUGCGGUCGGCUCCACGUUCGUAUGACAGGCAGCCCAGGCGCUGUUCGCUAGACCGCUCGUCCCAGCCUCAAAGAGGGCGGGGAGGGGGGGGGGGGGAAGGAACCCUGUUCAUCUUCAGCAGAAGAAUCGUUUGCAUCUAUAGGGGGGGGGGGGGAAGAAAAAAGCAAAGUCAAUUUUGGAACAGGAAUAGAGAGGGGGGGAAAAACUGCAGAAGUUUAAGAGGCAAUAGUGGCCGAGCGAGAACGAAGAACAUCACAAACCGGCUUAACUUUGCUGGUCUCUAACCAGGAAGAAACUUUUUUUUUCUUUUGGAGGGGUUGGGGGGGGGGGGGAUCUCGUUUCUUUUCCGCACAGUGCUGUCUAAUAUCCCAGGGCUCGCCUUUGCAUGUGAGUUGUUUCACCGCCAACGUCCAGUUACAAGAGUUUUUCUUUAAAACUUUGGCUGUGAUUUUUUGUUUUUGGGGAGGGGAAAGACUUUUUUUAGGACACAGUUUUUUUAAAAAAAAUAAUUUGCUUUAACGCUGAAAAGUGGUGGAAAUGGCCCCUUCUUGGAUGUACCUGGCUGUGAGGUUUUUGGGAGUUCUGCACCUUAUUAACUUAUUGGCUCAGAGUGGUCGUGCGCUGGUGUGCUUGCCCUGCGAUGGAUCCAAAUGCGAGGAGCCGAAGAAUUGCUCGGGGAGUAUACUGAUGGGGUUCUGUGGCUGCUGCGCGACUUGCGCUAAGCAGCAGAACGAGACUUGCGGCGGUGUCUACGGACUGUACGGCACUUGCGAUCUCGGGCUCCAGUGCGUUAUCAAACCUCCUUUCAGCGGCGGCUCCAUCACUGGCUACGAAGUUGGGAUUUGCCAAGAUGAGAACUGGGAGGACGACCAGCUUCUUGGAGUCGAGCCCUGCAAUAAAAACCUAGCAACAGGCUGCAAUAUUAUCAAUGGGAAGUGCGAGUGCGAUACCAUUCGGACCUGUAGCAAUCCUUUUGGCUUUCCCGAUCGGGAAAGCUGCCUCUUGGCUCUAAAGCGGAUUGAAGAAGAGAAGCCAGAUUGCUCAAAGGCCAGGUGUGAGGUCCAGUUCUCCCCUCGCUGCCCCGAAGACUCCAUCCUGAUCGAAGGCUAUGCCCCACCCGGCGAGUGCUGUCCGCUGCCAAGUCGCUGCAUGUGUAAUCCAGCUGACUGCUUGAGGAAGGUGUGCCAGCCCGGGUACCAGAGCAUCCUAGUGUCCAAGGCUUCAGGAAAGCCAGGGGAAUGCUGCGACCUUUAUGAAUGCAAGAAAGUCUACAAUGUGGACUGCAGCACGGUGGAGUGCCCCGCCAGUCAGCAGAUCGACUGCCCUCCCGACAGCCACGAGACUCCGACCCGAUUGACCGCAGACGGCUGCUGCACCCUCCCGAUACGGUGUGAGUGUUUGCUGGGAAUUUGCCGCGUCCCAAAGUGCGAGGCUGGCACGGUGCCUCGGGUCAUCUCUCCCGGGGAUGGCAUGCCCGGCAAUUGCUGCGAUCGGUUCGAGUGCAUCAACGAGACAAAGCCCACCUGCAUAUUCAACGGCGUGGAAUAUUACGACGGGAACAUGUUCCGGAUGGAUGCCUGCCGCUUCUGCAGGUGCCAAGGGGGUGUCUCCAUUUGCUUCUCAGCCCAGUGUGGUGAGCUGCACUGUGACAGGUACUACGUGCCGGAAGGAGAGUGCUGCCCAGUCUGUGAAGAUCCGAUUUACCCGAUCCACAACCCUGCCGGCUGUUACGCCAACGGACAGAUCCGCGCACAUGGCGACCGCUGGCGAGAGGACGACUGCACCUUCUGCCAGUGCGUUAACGGCGAGCCCCACUGCAUGGCCACGGCCUGUGGACAGAGCUGCCUGAACCCAGUGAAGAUCCCCGGAGAGUGCUGCCCAGUCUGUGAAGAGCCGACCUAUAUCACCAUUGGGCCGCCAGUGUGUGAGCUGCUGAUUAACUGCACCCUGACAGAGAGGGACUGCAUCUAUGGCUUCAAGCUGGACAACAGUGGAUGCCGCAAGUGCCAAUGUAAAACAAGAGAGGAGCUUUGUACAGGCCUGAUCUCAGGCUGUGGUUUGGACUGUCCCUUUGGCCUGCAGACUGAUGUACACGGCUGUGAAAUUUGCCAGUGCCGGGCACGGCCAAAGAGAUGCAAGCCUGUUGUGUGUGACAAGUACUGUCCAUUUGGAUACAUGAAGAACAAACAUGGUUGUGAUAUCUGUCGAUGCAAGAAAUGCCCUGAGCGUCCAUGUGACAAGUAUUGUCCAAUGGGGUUCGAGCAGGACGUAUAUGGCUGCCUUAUCUGCAAGUGCAGAGAUGUCCCCACCACCAUGGUGCCGCCGGUGAAAGCCAGCUCCUGCCUGUCCAUGGACGGCCGCCGGCACGAGAGCGGCGAAAGUUGGCACGACGGCUGCCGGGAGUGUUACUGCAACAGUGGGCGUGAGAUGUGUGCGCUCAUCACCUGUUCCGUGCCCAACUGCGGGAACCCUGCCAUUCGCCCAGGACAGUGCUGCCCGACAUGUCCAGAGGACCUAGGGCUUUGGAAGCCAGAGCAAAGUGACUCGUCGAUCUGCCACGCUCCCGGCGGAGAGUAUUACGUGGAAGGCGAGACCUGGAACAUCGACUCGUGCACCCAGUGCACGUGCCACAGUGGCCGGGUGCUGUGCGACACGGAAGUCUGCCCUCCCAUCCUCUGCCAGAACCCCACCAGGACUCUGGAUUCCUGCUGCCCGCAGUGCCCAGACGAGCCCCUUCAGCCUGUGACGCCCAGCAACAGGAGCAGACCCGGCUACUGCAAGAACGACGAGGGCGACAUCUUCCUGGAGGCCGAGUCCUGGAAGCCGAACGUGUGCAGCAGCUGUAUCUGCAUGGAAGGCAUCAUCAGCUGCUACCCCGAGUCCUGCCCGGCUGUCACCUGCCCCCGGCCUGUGCUGCGGAAGGGCCAGUGCUGCCCCUACUGCAUCGAGGAGACCAUCCCGAGCAAAGUGGUGUGUCACUUCAAUGAGAAGACCUACUCGGAUGAGGAGCGAUGGGACAUCGAUAGCUGCACCCACUGUUACUGCCUCCAGGGCCAGACCCUUUGCUCGACGGUCAGCUGCCCACCCCUCCCCUGCCUGGAGCCGGUCUACAUGGAGGGCAGCUGCUGCCCCGUGUGUCCAGACUUGUACCUGCCAGAACCGACCAACAUUCCCAUUGAAAAGUUCGACCAGAGAGGAGAGAUUGAGGUGGAAGCACCUUUCUGGCCGACUCCCAGUGGGAACGAAAUUCCUGCUCACCUCCGGGACGACGAGAACCUCCGUGUGAACGCCAUCGGUGGAGACUACCCGCGGUACAAUGAAGACUCUGCCAUGCACUCGGUGGCGUGGGUAGCAGUGCCUGUUAUGAUUGCCCUCAUUCUCGUCAUCGCUCUUCUGCUGGUCAACCAGAAGAAGCAGUGGAUCCCCGUACCCUGUUACAGAGCUCCUACAAAGCCCUCGUGUCUGAACAACCAGUUGGUGUACGUGGACUGUAAGAAAGGAACCAUGGUUCAAGUAGAUAGUUCCCAGAGGAUGCUGAGAAUGGCAGACCCGGAUUCCAGACACAGUGGUUUUUACAGCAUGCCAAACACAAAGCAAAACAACUUGCAGGCGGACAGCUUCUAUCAGACGGUGUGAGGCACCUCUCUAAACAGAAAGACUUUUUUCUUUACCCGCUACAAAAAAAAACACAAAAAAAAUUUACAAAAAAAAACAGCUACAAUUGUGCACUUGCUUAAUGGACUGUAUUGGGUUUGUGAAUUCAUGUACAACUCUGAGACAUGAACAGGACGGGCUCCAUUUCGCUCCAGCGGUGUGCCAGAGAGAGAAAGAAAGAAUCAUUCCCGCUUUUCCUUGUGAUAUUUGACCAAGUGUUUCCUCGAACACUUUAGCACCAAAGUUGCAGUUGCUAUGGUUUUUCUGCAUGUAAUAUACAGCUGUAGAGAGGUGAAGGACAUUGUGUGGAAAGAAAACCCUUUCUGAUUGACUACCAAACAGCAACUUUCCAAGCUUGUGGACUCUUUUAAGUUUCCUCGCUCUCUGUACCUGUUAUUGACAAUGCCUAACCCACUGAAACUAGAGAGAAAGAGCCCUUGACAUGAAUGUCCUAGAGUAUGCCACAAGUACAAACUAUAUAAAAGAAUCAACAUGGUCCCAUGCCUGCCAUAGGGACAAUGUUUUCUGUACACAUGGAAACUUAAGAUAAUAAGUUUUUUUUUAAUUAUUGUUUAUAAGAGCAUGGCAGAUGUUGAGGGUGGGUCAACUGAGUCAUAUUAAAGUGUACUGUGUGCUGCUUUUCGAUGGCCAGUUGGUUGGCAAGGACAGCGUGAGGCUGCGGCCUAAACAUCCUUUUUUUUUGUUUUGUAUGAUAUUAGCACUGGAUCGUGUAAAGAUACUACCAGAGAUGAGGACAACCACAACAAGCUUUUCCCAUGAAGCUUCCAGCCUCUCUGGUGGCUUCCUAAGAGUUUCUGAGGGUGAACAUAGAAGACGUUUUGUUGGACAGAGCUCCUGCUCGAUAUUGAAAGAGGAAAGAGACUAGGUUUUUGUACUUACUGGUAUGCAGAUUAGAGACUGCUUCCGUGGUAGGAAGCUUCGUAAUUAUAUAUUACUCAAGCACCUUUUUUGAAACUGAGAAAAAGGAAAUUAUGCUUUGUGAAACAUUUGCAUUAUAGGAAUAUUUAUGUUAAUAUAUAUUAUGCUAAAACAAAAGUAUUUGUACAUAUAUAUAAUUUUCUAUGUUUUCCUGUUUAAUGUAUUUAUAUCCUAGAGAGAUUUUAUCCAGUUUUAAAAAAAAAAUUAGCUUAACAGGCAUUCCAUUUUAGUGCUUGGUGGCUCACAGGACUCGUGGAAGGAAAGAGCAUCUCAUUUUGCCUAAGAUUUUGUGCCUUUUUGCUGAUGCCUCAGCAUUAUUCUCACUAUUUCUGAGUUCAGCCUACAAAGGGCUUUAAAGAUCGCACAAUGGGUCUCGCAGUUAUCCAUAAUACAGUACCAAUGCUUGCCAGUCUUGAUUAUUCUUCUCUCUUUUUCUUUUGUCCAGCCGUUGCAGCGUAGAUAAACUUAUGCAGCCUGUUGUGUCCGUCUGUUGUCUGAUCCCUGUUGCAAAUUAACAUCGGGGAUAUAAUGCACUGGGCAAUUCCCAUUAUAAACUGUGUGCUUUACAUUUGCUUCUGCUUUUUGUUUUCCCCUGCGGAAGUUUGUCAAAAAGUCUCCAUCUUCCAGAUCCUCCUGAGAAGCUCCAGACUCUUUUGUCUUCAUCAAAAGAAAAUGUCCUGUUGGCUCAAUGAAGGACUGCGCAUCCUGGAGGGACAGUCAGUCCACAGAACAAGAAGGUUGUUGAUUCAGUACCCAGGUCAUACUUGAGCUGGUCCCUCUUGUAUAGAGUAGUUGGAGGGACUGUACAAUUGGGCACGUGGUCCAUGAGUUGGGGGAUUGCAGGGGUUGGGGUGCUGAACAGGUUUUGGGGAUUCAUCAAACCAGGCUUCCUGCCUCUGAACAAUGUCCUUACUGGGCAGUGGCUGUGGGGGGCCAGGGUCUGCCCCAAUGGUGCCUUUCCAGGCUCAUUUUCCAAGCACGUGUGAAGAAUGGCCAUUCUGUGCAGGCACCAGAAGCAAACAUUAGUCACGGACCACUGACCCACCUCCCCUGGAGUCAAGGCAUUGGGGUGGGGAAAGGUGGGAAGAAAACGGCAACAAUGACAAAUUGUCCAAGGUUGUAAGAUCAGCACUGAGUGAGUGCUAAUUUCCUGCUCCCUGCUCUAAGUUUGCAGCCCUCCCUAAUUCCCUCAUUCCAUAUAUAUGCACCAAUUUAUCUUCAUGGCAUCCUCCUUUCACUUGCCAUCUCCAAUCACAAUGCCAUGACCUUUUCCAACUCUAUUUCCUUUGAUCCAUCCUGGUAAAGCUCUUGCCCCAGCACCCAGCCACCUAGCCUUUGCUCCUCCAUUCUCCACCAUACAGUCCAACAGAUGCCUCUGCAGCUUUUGAUUGGUUCACUUACUCCCUAAGUUCUCACAAGAACACAAGGAAAUAGGAGCAGGAGUGGGCUACCACACCCCUCAAGCCUGCACCACCAUUCAAUAUAUCAUGGCUGAUCUAUGCUGGCCUUAACUCCUGUGCCAGUUCCCCAUAACCCUCAAUUCCUUGAUUUUUCAAAUACUUAUCUGUCUCCACCUUAAGUAUAUCCAAUGAUCCGGCCUCCACCACCCUCGGAGGCAGAGAAUUCCAGAGAUUAACUACCCUCUAAGAGAAGAAAUUUCUAUGCACCCUUGCUUUACAUGACUGCCCCUUACAUUGUAGCUAUUUCCCUUUGUGACUCUCCUACUAGUAAAAAUAUCUCAAAUCUAACCUUUCAAUCCCCCUGAGGAUCUUAUAUGUUUGAAUAAGAUCACCCCUCAUUCUUCUAAACUCCAAGGAAUACAAACCCAAACUGUCCGCCCUCUCUUGAUAGGACAACCCUUUCAUCCCAGGAAUCAGUCUGGUGAAUGGACUGUCUCCAAUGCUACUACGUCCUGUUUUAGUUAAGGGGACCAAAAGUGUGCACCGUAUUCCAGGUGUGGCCUCACCAACACCCUGUGCAACUGCAACGAAACCUCCCUAUUCUUAAACUCCAACCCUUCACAAUACACAUCAUGCCAUUUGCCUUCACAACUACUUGUUGGACCUUUGGAAGAUCCCUCUCAACUUGACUCAUUUGCAGUCUCUCUGUUUACGUAAUAAUCAGCCUUUUAAUUCCUCUUACUGAAGUGCAUGACCUCACAUAUUAAGCUCCAUUUGCCAGGUUUUCACUCAAUCUACCUGUAUCCCGCAGAAUCACAAUAUCCUCAUCACAAUAUGCCAUUUCGCCUAUUUUCGUAUCAUUGGCAAACUUGGAAACCUUACAUUUCAUUUCCUGCUCCAGGUUAUUAAUGAAAAUAACAAACAAUUGGAUGCCAAGAACCAACCCCUGGGGUACUCCACUGGUUACAUCCCUCCAGCCUGACAAGGACCCAUUUAUUCCAACUCUCCAGCCAGUUUUUGAUCCAUGCUAACACAUUUCCUCCAAUACCUUGGGCUCUUAAUUUAUGCUCCAGCGUCUUAUGUGGUAAUUUGUCAAAUGCCUUUUGGAAAUCUAAAUACACAGGUUCCCCUCUAUAAGCUCUCCCUGUCACACCCUCAAAGAAUUUGAGUAAACUUGUCAAACAUGAUUUACCUUUCAGAAAACCACGUUGACUAGAUUUGAUUAUAUUCAGCUUUCCUAAGUGAUUAGUUAUUUCCUCUUUGAUUCUGGACUCUAGCAUCUUGGCAACAACAGAUGUUAAACUAACUGGCCUGUCGUUCCCCACCUUCUAUCUUCCUCCCCUUUUGAACAAGGAAAUCGUAUUGGCUUUUUUCCAGUACUCUGGUACACACUCGGAAUUUAGUGUUUUUAAAAAUUUCAGCUAAUGGGCCCUCUGUCUCUGCAGCCACUUCCUUUAAGACCCUUGGGUGCAAACCACCAAGUCCCAGUGAUUUGUCUACCUUUAGCCAGUGAGUUUCGCUAAUACUUUAUCCCUUGUGAUGGGGAUUUUCCUCCCUGUUACUUUAAACUAUCCCAUCUGUUAUCUUAGGGAUAUUUGCAGUAUCCAACAUGGUGAAGACUGACGCAAAAAAUUGAUUUAACGUACUUGCCAUUUCUUUGCUUCCUGAAAUUAAUACACCAGCCUUGUUCUCUGGAGGUCCCUUACCGAUACUAGCUACCUUUUUCCUAUUUAUAUAUCUAUAGAAAAUCUUACUGUUUGUUUGUUUUGAUAUUACAUGCAAGUUUUCCUCCAAAAUCAAUUUUCUCCCUUCUAAUGAGCUUUUUCGUUUUUCGCCACUGGAUCCUAAAACAUCUCAGUCGUCUGGCCUACCACCAGCCCUUACCAUUUUGUAUGCCCUACUUUUCAAUUUAACCUUAUCCUUGACCUGGUAAUGUCACAGAUUGUGUCCCUUUCUCACGCAGUUCCUCUUUCUUAUUGGGAUAAAUUCCUGCUGAGUGUUGUGGACCAACUGUUUGAAUAUCUGCCUCUGUUCACCUACUGAUCUGCCUCAUAGUUUAAUUUCCCAUACCACCUUAGACAACUCCACUCCCAUAACAUUAUAUUUACCCUUAUUUACAUUGAUGACAGUGGUUUUGAUCCAGUGGUGUACACCUCAAGCUGCAUCUGAAUUCUGUCAGAUUGUGGUCACUACCUCCUCAAGGAUCUUUAAUCACAAGAACUCUUGUUAAUCCUUCCUCAUUACUCAUGACCAAAUCUAAAAUACCUUGAUGACUUCAUCCUCCCUUUGAUGUCCCUGGUAAAUCUUUGCAACCUGCACAUUCCCCAGUGCACAUCCCCCACCAAUACACCCUCAAUUCCAAAAUAUGCCUGGCAAGUUUGAUCAGCUGAUCUGAUUGAAUCAGGUGAAGUGUUGUCCUGCCCUACCAAACUUCAGGAUCACCUUGAAGACCAAAAAUAGCUGCCCCAUCCCUGUAUUCUUUUCACCAGUUAACCGUCUCCUCCCCCUUUCAUCUCCAACAGCAUAUACAAGGCAAUGGACUUCCUUUGUCAAUAAGAUCAGGGCUAUCACUUCAGUUGAGUCUUUUGACUGACCCUCCUACUCUUCUUCAUUGCUUUCCCUUACUCAUCAUCCCAAGGUAACCCCUAAACUCACACUUUCUUCUAGUUCCCUGUCUUUUCAUGCAUGCUCCUAACUUGUCAGUGGAGCCCAGCUCCUGCACUCUCUCGACUUUUGCUUUCCCACACAGAUCCCGUGUGAACAUGUUAAAAGGUUCCCUCUCAUCAGGUUUUCUUCCCCUCCCUUUUGCAACUGACGUAAACAUCCAAUUCAAAACAGAGACCCACUUGUCUCCUGUAGCUUAGCACACGAACCCAUCUCCAUCUUCUUCCAAAUUCUUGAUGGAGUUGUCGCCUCCCAGUUCCCACGUUUUAGUCUCCCGAAUCAGGUCUUGUUAGCCAUUUACACACCUGUCUGCUCUUCUCCCAAGCAGUUGGAGGCCCUGUCCUACCACUCGGUCCCCAAACAUAAGAAUUGCAUCCCUAUAUGUCUCCACCUCUUUCCCCUCCUUAAAGCCGAUCUCUCUGACCAAUCUUUAGCUCACCUUCCUUUGGCGCAGUGUCAGUUGUUGUCAGUGCCAAGGGACCUCAUCGCUCUAGGGAUGGAUGUUGUAGUUGGUAGGUGGGGCUGGUGGUAGAGGUGGGAUUCUCUCCCAUGCAGUUUGUAUUAUGGGUAAUUGUGAAAAACUCGGGAUGACAUCGAAGGCAUCGCAAACACAGAAUGUCUGGAGAGCUGGAGGGAGAGACGAGAACAAAGAUGAUAUGCUUCCUGUUGCCGAAGAGUUACUAACAAAAGAACUACUGGAAUGCUGGCAUUGAUAAGCUGGACUUUUUCUUUGUAGUAAGCCUCUUAGUGGUUAUAACUUACUAAAUAUAUUAAAAAAAUUGACAGGUCUUGGCACUUUUGUACUAAUUACCCCUUUUUUGUGUAAUAACCUUUUUAAAGUGCUUUCACGAGGGAAUCCAUUACCCAUUUUGCUUUAAUGUGAAAACAUUUGUACUUUUGUUUCGUAGCGGAAUUCCCAAGUAUUGUUGUAGAUACUUGGGCUCAGAGCUUGUUAAACUUUAGGCUGAAAGAAAAUCUAAUUUAUUGUUUGCCCUAAUUUAUUAAUCUGGAGAUUAAUGAAAAGUUAGAACAUUGCAAGUUGUACGUUUUUUUUUGCGUUAUUUGUACGGGAGGAAAAGAAAGGUGAUCUGGUUUAACUAAGGGUCGAGAUUUUCCUAUCUAUGUGGCUUUUUUGUUUCUUUUCAUUUUUCCCACAGAGUUACUUACUGAGACCUUUCUUAGCCGCUGUCUCUUGCUCACCUCCUCCCAUCCCUACCCUUCCCAGUCCUUUGUGUACAGGAAUUGGGUGGUUCUGUCUGGCUCAAAAGAGAUAUAUUCUGUCAAGACUGAUUGCUCUAUGCUUUCCCAACCAAAAGACUUAAGUUGAAAAGUGUUUUUUUAAACAGGUAUCGUUCACUGCUUGUUUUUAUUUUGUGAUUGUGGUUGUAUUCCAGUGAGAAAAAAAGAACAGAGAGGAUACAGGACAAGAUGCUUUUUUAAAAAAAAAUGAGAAGGGGAAAAGCACGAAAGCUGUCCACUACGUCCUGUAUCUGACAUUCUUGUACUUUGGUUACCGUUGUGCUAAUGUAAAAUAAUGCAAAAUAUUUCUAAAAUAGAUGCGUAUGUGGCACUUGGAGUGCACUGCAGUUCUGCAGUUUGCUUGUUUACUUUUUUUUUAAAAUGUAAGGCAUUUUUUUUCGUGUACAUUUGCUCUUGACAGCACAAUAAACAAUGUUAAACCCCAUGCUUCUGUGUACAGUCA